AAAGUCCGAACAUCACUCUACCUCAAGUUUACGUGUCAACAUUGUAAACGCUUGCGAUAUUACCUACCUAACCUAUAUUACCCACCGAAACAUGUCCCUCGCCGAAAGCUCUAUCCGGCUUCUCCGCCUCAGUCCGGCGAUCGUCUCCUCCAUGGUUCUCAUGUUCGCCCUCGACGAGCAUCUGAUUUUCGGAACCUGGGUCCAGAACCCCAUUCGCCCACUGGCAAACUCUACUCUCGCCGCCUGGUGGACCAGGGGUGGCCUUCGAUGGCAGUGGAUUUUGAUCAUAUUUUACCCCCUCAAUUACAUUCUGGGCAUUCUCAAUCUGCUGUACCCUGAGGAUCAACCUGGCUCGACGGCGUGGUACGCGUGGGGUCUAUUCUUCAGCUUUGCCCACAUGUUCUUCGCGCCGACGGCUCUACACCGGAUAGCAGCCAUCGAGAAAGACGUUCCAAAGGGGAACGUUGUCCUUUCCAUGGAGUCUUGGCUCAGGAUGAAUUGGAUUCGGGCCUGGAUUACGGACGUGCCGGCAUGGCUGUGCUUUAUCACUGCCGCUUUGAAGGCACUGUGAUGAUGGCGGGGGGGUGACGAGGACUAUGGGGAAGGAUGGGGAGGAUGAGGAGGAUGAGGAGGAUGAAGAGGAUGAGGAGGAUGAGAAGGAUGAGAAGGAUGAGAAGGAUUAGGAGGAGUGGGAGGACGAGGACGAUGAGGA